AUGGGCUUCUUUCCUCAGGGCUUGGAUUUCUUCUUGGAAAAGCUGCAUCUUGCCCUCGAAAUCACUGACUGUAUCCUCGAGGGAGGCAACAUUCUGUUUCUCAAGGCGCAGCUCAGCCUCCAGACGGAGUACUCGCCUCGUAACCUCGAGGACGUCUUGACUCCAUAG